AAGUCGAAGAAAUUAAAAAUCUUGUAAGUUUUUAUAAAAAAAUGAAUCAAACUACAGUUUUUUAAUAAUUGUGUAAACUAAUUGCAAUUGCAAGGACAAAAUAAAAAGGUCAACAUGUUGGCUCAUAAUGAUAUACGGUCAUUACAGUUAAAUACGAGCAGCUGAAUAUAUAGAUUAUUUUCGCAUCGUAAAUCAUGAAUAAAAUAAUCAAUAUAAUUGAAAAGAAAAAGCAAAACUAAAAAACCAAAACGAAUAAAGCUAUUGUAACAGAAUCUGUGUUGUUCGUAUUCUGAAGUAACUAACAUAAAUACAUAUAUCUUUUUAUAUAUAAAAUGACAUUGUUUUAACCAUUGCACUCAAGAUGUGAUAUAAAUUUACUUAUUUCACCCGCGGUAAUUUGUCUAUUCUGUGGCAAAAAUCAAUAACAAACCGAAUUUGAGUGGGUUAUGCGUGAUGAGGUUCACGCGAUACUUAAGAAGCUACGAGAGAUUCUAGUGGAGUGCGCAAGACGAUUUCCGGUACCAUGUUUUCCAGACAACGAGGGUAAACGUACUGAAAAGUUUGUAUUAAUGGCUGCACAGGAUCAGUUAAAGUGUUCCGUCACGCUCACUGGCGACAGCAUAACUCAAGCUGAUAUUAGUUACAAAUUGAAACGUGCAUCCAGCCAAGUGCAACGUACGUCCAUAACACCCGAUGCGCCAUGGAAACUACAACAAGUGCAAGAUGCUGCAAAUCAUCUACAACAAGCUAUUAAUCAUAUUGAUAAUGUUGACGGAAAUUAUGCAUUCAAAUCUCGCGAAGAAGUGCUUCAAAUAAUUGGCGAAUUGAUAGGAGCUCUACAGCGUGGUCGAACUAGUCUAAUAAUACCAAAGAAAAAGGCAAUAGAUGAACUUAUGAAGGGGCGAAAUAUGAAAUCGCUAACACCUAACCUACCAGAAGAUCAAGCAAUAUCCUUCUUUUUACAAUGCCACAAACUCAUUAUAGCUGUUUAUCAAUUAUUAAACGUUCAAGGCACUAUGAAAAUGGAGGCCACUCAGGCUGAAUGCUCAGUCGGUUGGCUUAACGAGGUGCUUGUGUUGUUCACUGUUGGUCUAACACUAUGCCAACAGCUCAAGGAUAAAAUUAAUGCAUUUAAAAUGGACGUAUCAAGUUAGUAAAUUACAUGCCAUCAUCAAUAUAUUUUGUUGAAUGUAAGUUAAUAUUCAUAUAUAUAUGUAUAUAUAUAUAUAUAUAUAUAUUAUGCCAAAGCCAACAUAUACAGUGUGCGGGUACAAACCAUUCUAGUACUAUAAAAAAAAAAAUACUAAACAGUACUAAACACCUAUAUUUAUAAUACCGCUCAUGCAAGUAAUAUAUCAAUGGUUAGUUAUAAAUACGUACAUACAUAUCGGCAAUAGGAAAAGGCAUGCUAUAAAAAUGUAACUUCCAUUAGUUGUGGCGAUAAGCUAAUGCAGUAUCACUACACAGUCACAGUAAACUAUGAUGAAGAAGGUGUUACAAAGCGGGUGGUAACUAAACAAAUUUAUUGAUCUCAACCAGUAAAACAUAACUUGAGCAUUAUUUUUUUAUUUUUCAAAUUUCAGCAUUCGGUUUUUGUAUUUUCAUUUAAUUUUGAAUAUAUUUUUUUAAGAAUUAGGUAAAUCAUUAUCUUAGCAAAUAUUUGGUAGUAAGUACAUACUGGGGGUGUGUACCCAAAUAUGUAUGUACAUAUAUUGCAAUCAGUUGGGGUUGUAAAAGAUUUUCACCUUUAUGACUUUUAGAUUACAAUUAUCUUUACGUACAUACAUAUGUAUGAUCGCUUGUAGUAAAGGGAAUACUUUUCAGUUUGCAUUUUCUGUAUUGUUAUUAGAUACAUAUGCAUAUAUGUACAUACAUACAUACAAAAUUUAGAUUGGCUGCUGUUUUCAAUUCUCAUUUCUGUCUACAUUCUAUUUUUAGUACAUUUUCUGAUGAAUUUUUAUAGUUGACGAUUUGUUUCAAAAUUUGUUUUAUUUAUUUGGGAAAUAAUAUCAAUUGAACCAUUUAUGCGAAUAUUAUAAAUAACAGUUUGUAGCCUACGUAUUUUUAUUAUUUAUAUUUUAAUAUUCCUUACGUAUUCUUUUAUUUAUUAAAAAUGUACAUUUGUAUGAUCAUAUCAUUUUAUUUGAAUACUUUAUUCUUCUCUUAUAUCUCCCAUUUUAUUUUCUUUAAAACAUAUUACCGCUAAAAGAAAUGCGUAGUUGUUUUAUUGGCAGACAAAAAAAUCCCCCAAAUAGUUUUUGGUAAUACUGCCUAGUUGACACUUAUAUAUAAUUCCCGUUACGGUUUCCUCUGCCUUGGCAUAGGAUUGAUAAUGCAUUAUCAAUCUGGGAAAUACAUAGGGGUUUCCUUUCAUGCUUAUUAGUCUCUAAAUAGCAAUAUACAUAUAUUUGUCUGUUCCACACAGUCAAGCUACUCCACAUCAUUUUCAUUUUAAGUUUUUUUUUUUGUUUGUUAUAAUUAUUUUCUUUUUUUUGUUAUUUUUGUGUUUUAUUAUUGCAUUUUUGGGCAAAAAGAAUUUCUAAUACAUACAUGCAUACAUACAUACAUAAACUAAAUAUGUUUGAAUGUGUGUUUUGCAAACUGAAUGCCACCUCCGAAAAUGAUGCAAAAUUUUUGAAAACUAACAAUAGAUGUAUGCACGUGUAUGUAUGUAUGAACACUUCUAGGGUGCUGCCGUUAGUAAUAUUAAGCUGCAAGAAGCAACAUAUUUAUAAAAGUACAUAUAUACGUAUGCAUGUCAGCAACAGCAAUAUGUAGUAGCAACGACAAAAGCAAAUGCAGUUAUUCAACUGAAAUUUAUUGGUUCAACAAAAAGUAAUAAUAAUAAUUAAACAAAAAUUGACAAUAACUUCUAUUCUGCGUAUCUUGUAAAGCUAAACCGUUAAAUAUACAAUGGCAUAGUAAUAUAAACGGGAUACUUUGCGCAUACAAAAUGUGCUAUAUUGAAAUUAAAUGUCAUCAAAGUUCUAUACAUAAUUAAAUUUAAAAAUGUUGACUACUAUUACUACAAUUUAUUAUAUAAAAGGCCAAAUGGCGACUAUUUCUUCAUUUGGCCAUUCAGCGAAUUUAUUGCUUUUCAGUGAUUUUAUUGUGAAAAAUGUCAAACAAUUUAGUGUUAUAUUAUUCAUGUCUGCUAACAGUAUUUUGAAUCUUUACAAGUACUUACUACAUAACCUUAAUUAAGUGUGAGAGUAAACGCGAGUUACUAUACUUACCUUAUUCAGCAAUGAAGAGUACGAGUGUCUCACGAUUUUUUUUUAACGAAAUUCAAUAUGUAGUUUUAAGAUAAAAUGAAAGCCCAAAUAAAUUUGGAAACAAUUACUCUUGAUUGCCUUGGAUUAAUUAAAUUAUUGAUAAAACAUAAUUAAUUAUCUUUCCGUGUUUGUAAGAAAUUGGAAAAAUAUUCUUUAUCUCACUAUUUACUUAAUAUAUAAGGCGCUUAAGUCUCGAAAGCAACCCAUUAACUACCUACUCAACAAAAUACCUGUAUACUUAAAUUUACUUAAGCGUAUUUAUUUACAACCAUGUGUGUUUAAAACUAAAAUAGUAAAAAGAAAUUACGUUCUUUCGUUAGCAUUUAAGUAUUUAUUUACAUUGCAAUAUAAGUAAAUGAUUUAUGCCUCAGUAAGAGGAUGGAGCGUAGAAUAUCACUUAAAGAAGCUCCCAUUUUAAGAAUAAUAAAUGUUGAUUAAAAAAGCUCAUGAUAUACAACAAAUACCAUACAUACAAACAUGAUAAGUAAAUAACGUUUUUUGUAAGCUACUAUAUUAGUUUUAUAUAUACAUACAUAUAUAUGCAUUACAAUUGAAUUUAAAAAAAAAGUUGUUAAAUGAGUUUAUAAUUCAAAUAAAUGUAAUCGACGUUAUUAAAAAGACGUAUAAAUUCAACAGA